AAUUAGAAUGCCAAUGCUGUUCCAGUGGUGCCCUCAAACAGAAAUGGGGGAAGUGAUGCUCAGGCUUUUACUGGUUUUAUUACCCAGCAUGCCAUGUUCCGCAAUAGGUCUACUGACACGAGUUGAACUUGCUUGAGCAGAGAAACAAACAAAAAACAAACCACACAAUCGUGCAACCCACACACUGCUGUCUGUCAGAAGUGCUGACUCUUUGUGGUGAUGACGUUUACAGCGACAUCAGUUCCCAUUGGGCACCAUCGUUUAGAUCAAUGAUUUAAAAUGUCCAAAUUAUAACACAAUGAUCCAUAGGUGUCAUAGAUUAUAACUAUAGUAGACACAUGCACAAUAUUUCUUCCUUAACUGUUUCUAAACUUAACCUAAUCAUAUACAUAUACAACAUAUCACACAUCCUUGAAGACACCCGUCUUCUCUUAAAUACAGACCAGACAGUGUUGAGUCAACACACUCCUUUUGGUGCAGAGGAUGUGACCCUGGCAUUGUUUUCUUGACUGAUCUGAGGGGGUUGUGGACACAGAUCUGACCUGAAUCCACAAGUUUAGAACAGUGUUUUGUCACUGUGCCUGCAUCAACAGUAUAACACCAGGUUUAGAUGUUCAUCUUAAUGACCAACAACAAAUGCAUGAUUGACAUUUCAAAUACAUUUUAAGGAAUAAACUGUCAAUUUCCACUCAUGCUUCUGCUUCAAUAGCUGAAUGACACUUUUGCCCCAUUUGAAAUUCUGUGUCUCUCAGCGGUUUUUUAGAAGAAAAAAAUACAGAAGUGGCGUCUUCAAACCAAGUCAGAUGGAGCAGGCAGAGCAGAGUUCGUGCACUGAGGACCGCAUUGAACACGUCCUGGAGAGAUGCCUGUGCGACCUCGGACUAGACACUCCUGAUAAACAGCUCUGGAAUGCUGGACUGUGUAUCAACCGUUGGUGCUUGGAAGAACUGGUGAAAAGGGACUCUCAAAACUCUGUCAUCCUCCUGAACAAAAUCCUGCAUAAAACUGAAGAGGUGUUAGAGCGGUGUGAGUAUGACCUGGUGGUGCCUUUAACUCUCCUCUUCACCUCUGCUCUUUUAAAAGCCCCUCACGUGCCCGCAGACUGUGGGCUGCUGCAGGAUGCCUACUCUCUGUUCCACUGUUUCCUGUCGUGGCCUGAGCCCUGCAGCUCGGCUUGUCGCCGUCUGCUGCUCGUCCUGCAGCGGGAGCUCAGGGCGCCAGGUAUAUCCUUCCAAAGACUGGUGAGGACAGAGCAUGGGCUUCCUUGUAACCCUCACAGUUCGAAAACCAUGACAGUCCUGUUAGUGAGUCCAGAGGAAGACACCCCCCCAGAGGUGAAGUGUGCCUCUCUCCAGCUCAGUGCGUCCCAGACCUGCAGCAGAGACAUCUCCAUCAGCCUGAUUCUCCACGCUCUGCAGGCAGCACAAGAGACUGUGGACCUGUCAGCGGUGCAGUCAGAACUACAGAAAAAGUCCUCUGAAGAGUUGGAUCAGCUCCUGGAGACACUGACUGUGAGUUUGGAGCAGAGUGCCUCCACAGACGACCUGUCCAAAGCCCGACAGACCUUGCGUCACACCGUUAGUGCUCUACAAGAGGAACUCAUUGGAACAUUGCAAACAUCCUCUAAUAUAGGUACAACUGAAGGUUUGAUACUACCUCUACCAAAAUGUCACAUAAGCACUUGGGAAAGCAACAAUUUUGACUUUCUUCAUGAUAUUGUAUUUGGUGAUGUGUCUGACCCUGAUUCCCUCGAGGAGUGCUUCCUAAACGGCGACCUUGAUGACGCUAUUGUGGAUGAGGAAGAUGAGACUGAAGCAAACCAACAAAAUGACUUUACAAAUAAUCGCAUCUCCACUGUGUCAUCUAUGUCUGCAGACUCAGUGUUCUCUGGUCACUCCCUGUCCUCCAGCUGGUCUGUGUCCACUGUGUCCUGCUCUUCUGGGGUGGACUGUGAUUUCAGUGAAGAACAAGAACAUGAUGAACCACAAAAACAGAGACAGAAACCCAAGAAGAAAUCCAAGUCUUUUCUGGGUGUGCAGAGGUUUUCUUUAUUGUUUAAAACUCCUCGUAGCCCGUUGCUCUGUCGUCGGGUUCAGAGCAUGGGCUGUAGAACUGAUCUAUCUAAAAACAAACCACAGCUCAAUCCCUCCUUAAGGCAGAAUCCAGCAUCAGACAGCUCUCCACAGAAGCAUUUAUGUAUGCGUAGGAGGCCCAUCUUGAGCUGUGAUCUGACAGAGGAGCCCGAGCAGGUGAUCCAGGUCCGAGUGGUGGUCUUUGGAGGGGAUAAAGAGUUGGGGAGGCUGGCUCGAGCAUACACAGACCUCCAGGAUAGAGACAGUAAACAUGGACAACUUACAAAAAGAUGCAAACUACGCUUUUAUUUUGUACCUACCAGAAGACAAAAUGUGGGAACUCAAGCAUUUGGAGAAACAGCAGAUGAGGGUGCAACUUCUGUGGAUGUCAUUCCAGAAAGCAGCAGUAAUGUAGCUCACAUGUUGGGAAUGAUGGAUCCUUGGUACGAACGCAAUGUCCUCAGUCUGCUCAGCCUAUCUUCUGACAUUCUCUGUCAGAGUGCAAGUAAAGAUAGUGAUGAUUCAGGAUACUGUGUCCCUACAGUGCGUCCUUCUUUGCUGGCAGAAAUGGUUCUGUACUACUGUCGACAUGCUGAUGAGACCAUCCUGGUGCAGCUCUAUCAGGCCGAGCUGACUCUGUCCGGAGGAGAGAAUAGAGUGGAGUUGUUUGUUCAUUCUCUGGAGCUGGGACACUCUGCAGGGACCAGAGCUGUGAAGGCCAUGGGUGCUGUCAGCAAACGCCUCGGGAUAGAUGAUGAGCAAGAGGCAGCUCCUUUAACAUUAAACAUGGCUUACAAUAAGGUUGCUAUCAGUGGCAGAAGUCAGUGGAUUCAAGUUGAGAAAGUUUGUACAUCAAUAAAUUUGUACAAAGCCUGCAGGAAACAUGAGCAGUUGGAGAGUCUUCAGCUGAUGAUUGCAGAGGUUGUAAACAGGCAGUGCUCCAAAUCUAAAAGAAACUUCAAUCAGUUCUGCAUAUCAGAGAUGAAGGUGGACCAGGUCCAGGUGCAUGCUGGGAGUGAGGGCACUACUUUUGCUGUGUGUCUUGAUCAGGAUGAGAAGAAGUUCUUUCAAAGUGUUGUGAGGUGUGAAGUGUCUCUGUGCAGCAAACCAGGCUCCUCUUCAGACUGGAAGACCUACAGCAUACGUCCAGGACAAGUACAGCCCCUGCACCCGUCCUACUGCUCCUUGCUUUGCCUGCCCCUCUGCUCCUUCUGCCCCUCUCAGCACUGAUCUGCCCCUCAACUCC